CUGUGCUGCUGAUCUGUGGACAGGAUAAUAAGAUGUGUUCAGUGUCCUCAACAGUCUCACGGGUGCUACAGUUAGGUGAAUCUGCCUUUCCAAGCUUGUGAAGGCGUCUGGUAGGGCACGUUGAGUCGGAGGUGAAGUGCAUGCAUGAGAUACCACAUGCAAGUCACUAAAUGGACGACUCCGUUUCAUACGUUGUAGUCCGUGGAUUCGGUACGCAAAGUUCCACAUUCUCAUUUGAACGGCUUUUUUAACUGUCUGAUUUUUAAAUCUGGGAAUUUUUUUAGCCACGGCUGGGCGAUGGCGCGGAACAGGGCUGGGAGGCGUCGGCAGACAGACGGGAAGUGACGUUUUAGCUGUACACGCGAGCCUUAAGUACCCGAAAGUCACCAUACCGAAGGCCGUCUCUGGUAAUUGACUCCCUUCAAAGCCGCCUGUGUCGUCAUGGAAACGGAAAAGUAUGCACUUCCUUUCUCCGCUCCAAAACAUCAAUCGAAAAACGGAUGAGGAGGCGAAGAGUUAAGGUUGAGAGCGUCGGAUGAGCUGACCCGGCGCGCGAUCUUCGAAUUACAAUGGAUUAGGCAAUUAGGCAAUUACAAUGAGUGGAUCAGGCGGCAUCCCCAGUAUGCGGCCACCUAACCUCCCGCUGCUCUUCCUAAUUCAGGUCUUAUCAGUUGUCAGCGUCUCAAGGACAAACACCUUCAACGACACGCUCUUCACUUCCGAAGCUGAUUCUCUUGGUUUGAUUGUCCCAAGACACGGGUUACCACUGACGAACUGCGGCAGCCUGCCUCACCACAGUCUUCGCCUUCACCCUUCGCUGCCUUAUCAUCGCACGUGGUCGUCUACGUCAACGACUUCAGCGCCACCGUACCCUUCAAAAGCGAUCUUCAGCGGUUCCAUCGUCAGUGGAUCAGGCGGCAUCCCCAGUAUGCGGCCACCUAACCUCCCGCUGCUCUUCCUAAUUCAGGUCUUAUCAGUUGUCAGCGUCUCAAGGACAAACACCUUCAACGACACGCUCUUCACUUCCGAAGCUGAUUCUCUUGGUUUGAUUGUCCCAAGACACGGGUUACCACUGACGAACUGCGGCAGCCUGCCUCACCACAGUCUUCGCCUUCACCCUUCGCUGCCUUAUCAUCGCACGUGGUCGUCUACGUCAACGACUUCAGCGCCACCGUACCCUUCAAAAGCGAUCUUCAGCGGUUCCAUCGUCAGUGGAUCAGGCGGCAUCCCCAGUAUGCGGCCACCUAACCUCCCGCUGCUCUUCCUAAUUCAGGUCUUAUCAGUUGUCAGCGUCUCAAGGACAAACACCUUCAACGACACGCUCUUCACUUCCGAAGCUGAUUCUCUUGGUUUGAUUGUCCCAAGACACGGGUUACCACUGACGAACUGCGGCAGCCUGCCUCACCACAGUCUUCGCCUUCACCCUUCGCUGCCUUAUCAUCGCACGUGGUCGUCUACGUCAACGACUUCAGCGCCACCGUACCCUUCAAAAGCGAUCUUCAGCGGUUCCAUCGUCAGUGGAUCAGGCGGCAUCCCCAGUAUGCGGCCACCUAACCUCCCGCUGCUCUUCCUAAUUCAGGUCUUAUCAGUUGUCAGCGUCUCAAGGACAAACACCUUCAACGACACGCUCUUCACUUCCGAAGCUGAUUCUCUUGGUUUGAUUGUCCCAAGACACGGGUUACCACUGACGAACUGCGGCAGCCUGCCUCACCACAGUCUUCGCCUUCACCCUUCGCUGCCUUAUCAUCGCACGUGGUCGUCUACGUCAACGACUUCAGCGCCACCGUACCCUUCAAAAGCGAUCUUCAGCGGUUCCAUCGUCAGUGGAUCAGGCGGCAUCCCCAGUAUGCGGCCACCUAACCUCCCGCUGCUCUUCCUAAUUCAGGUCUUAUCAGUUGUCAGCGUCUCAAGGACAAACACCUUCAACGACACGCUCUUCACUUCCGAAGCUGAUUCUCUUGGUUUGAUUGUCCCAAGACACGGGUUACCACUGACGAACUGCGGCAGCCUGCCUCACCACAGUCUUCGCCUUCACCCUUCGCUGCCUUAUCAUCGCACGUGGUCGUCUACGUCAACGACUUCAGCGCCACCGUACCCUUCAAAAGCGAUCUUCAGCGGUUCCAUCGUCAGUGGAUCAGGCGGCAUCCCCAGUAUGCGGCCACCUAACCUCCCGCUGCUCUUCCUAAUUCAGGUGUCCUGCAAUGGAGGACAGGAGACGAAAGCACCAUACCCCAACUUCAGCUCUGACGCCAUCCGCCAGACGUAUGACGGAACAUUUGAUUCUCUAACUCUCAUGGAGAUGCAUGUCACCUACAAGAGCGACGUCAACACUGUCUUCGAUACGAGCAAGGAUUUCACGCAACCUGAAUUUAAUAUGUACCCUGGAGGAUACAUCGUCUGUGAGGGAAGCGCCACAGAAACAUUCGAGAUCAAGCGCGGUGCCGGUAUAGCCUACACCGGCACCAGGCCUGGAUCGGGACUUCGUCUAGUGAUGAAGACAUUCGCGACAAGUUAUUGUGUAGAACUAGUCGGUCAGGACUCCCAGUCCGUGCCAUACGCAGGCCCCACUUACACUACUCCGUUCGUCGUGUCAAGUGAAUUCCAUCUGACGAGCUUCACCAUGGAAACUGGCGGCGGAUAGGAGACGCGAGGAACAAGAACACACGAGGGCUAAAACGCGACACCUAGACACCUGCAGUCCUCGUGUAUUUCGCACCGUUUGGACAUGUGGCGCACCUCCCAAGCAGCCUCUUGUCUUUGUUUCUUCAUCAGGCUAUACUUUAUCUCCCUCCUUUGCAUGCACGCAUGUCGCAAGGAUGAAGAGGAAGUGGAUAAAGAAUGCUGAGAAGAAGAAGAAGAAGAGUGGAGAAAGAGGAAAGAUAAAGAAAGGGUGGGCUCUUGGUACGUGCGACUCGUGUAUGUGUGUUUCGUGUGCUGAUCAAAAUAAAAUGACUUGCAAAAAGAA